AUGGAUAAAAAGAUUGUUAAUUGGGCAACAAAAGCUUUAUCGUUUGCUGGUAGGUUACAGCUUAUUAACUCGGUUCUCUCAUCGAUGCACAUUUACUGGGCCUCAGUUUUCAUUAUUCCGGCUAGGGUUAUUAAUGAACUUGAAAAGCGUAUUCGCAGAUUUUUGUGUAAUGCGGGUUCAGAUGGUAGAAUUCGUGCCAAGGUUGCAUGGAACGAAGUGUGUUUGCCGAAAAAUGAGGGUGGAUUGGGCAUUAGAAGCAUUUCUGAUGUCAAUAAAUCGCUCAUGGCAAACCAUAUUUGGAGUAUUAUCACGAAGCGGGAUUCUAUUUGGAGUGGGUCUCGAACCAAUGUGUGGAGUGAUAUGUGGUGCUCGUUAAGUCCGAUUAGUUCCUUUAUUUCUCCUCGGGCCAUUGCCAAUGCUGGUUUCUCGUUACAGUCUACAGUCGCAGACGUUAUUGAUCAAAAUGGAAAUUGGAAGUGGCCGCAAGCUUGGCUGGAUCUCUUUUCGGUGUUAUUCACGAUCUCGGUUCCGACUAUAGUUCCUAACUCUAUUGAUCGUUUGGUGUGGAAAGAUUUGGAUGGGAAAACUGGUGAAUUCCAAUCGGCUCAGGACCGGUUGACAGCUUGGGAAGCAGGGAGUCUUACAAAUUUAAAUUUGAUGUGUUGUCCGCUAUGUUACUCGGAUCGUGAUAGUCGGGAUCACUUAUUUUUCCGAUGCUCUUUUGCGGAGCAAGUGUGGAGUAACGUGAAGGAAUUGGUUCAGCUGAGGAGCGUGGAUAAUACUUGGGAAUCGUUAUUAAGUUGGGCGGAUCAACAUUCAAGUUCUAAGAAAGCGGAUAACGUUGUGUAUAAGUUGUUGAUUACGGCUUCGUCUUACUACAUCUGGCAAGAGAGGAAUAACAGAAUGUUUAAAAAUCAUAAGAGGACGGUAACUCAAGUAAUUGAGGUAAUUAAAAACUCGGUUCGAUUGCGUAUCAUGGGAUUCAGGUUUCGGGCGGCUACAACUAAGGAAAGGAUUUUCAAGUUGUGGAAGAUUGAAGAGAACGAAGAUAAUGUAGUGAAGCCAGGCUAA